AUGGACCUUCAUCGUGAAGUCCCAGCAGCUAAUGAUUCCUCCCAACCAAUCCUCCUCCUCGCUUUCCUCCUCUUUCUUCCCCUAACCUUCCUCAUCAUCACCGUACGGCGCCGGUCCACCACCAACGAAGACGGCGUCGUAGCAUCCAAGCUGAGCCGUCGCCGUCUCCCUCCAGGCCCAUGGAAGCUCCCCAUCAUCGGCAACAUCCACCAGCUGGCGCUCCACCCUCUCCCCCACGUCCGGCUCCGGGACUUGGCCCUCAAACACGGCCCCUUGAUGCACCUCCAGCUCGGCGAGUCCUCGGCCAUCGUCGUUUCGUCCCCGGAGAUUGCCAAGGAGGCGCUGACAACCCACGGCGCCACCUUCUCGAACCGCCCCUUGCUCGCCUCCGCCAGGUUCUUCACCUACGACUUCACCAGCCUCUCGUUCACGCCCCACGGCGAGUACUGGAGGCAGCUCAGAAAGAUCUUCAACCUCGAGCUGCUGAGCAGCUCGAGGGUCCUCUCUUUCCGGUCCAUCCGGAAAGAGGAGGCGGCUCAGGCAGUCGCUGGGCUUGCCCGUGCUGCGGCAGCACGGGCGACCGUGAACCUCAAGGUGUUUGUGUACGAGUGGACGAGCUUCGUCACCGCGAGGACGGCUUUCGGAGGGAAGACGAGCGAGGACCAGACCGGGUUUCUCACCAUUGCGGAUGAGAUCCUGCGGGAGGCCGCAGGAUUCAGCCUCGCCGACCUGUUCCCGUCCCGCAGAUGGCUGCACAGAAUCUGCGGGAAGGAGGCCACUUUGGUCGACAUUCGUCGGCGGCUGGACACUGUGCUCGGCAACAUUAUUGCCGAGCAUAGGUCUAAAAGGGUGAGCGACGACGACAGCGGCAAUGAUGUCGAAGAUUUCAUCGAUGUGCUAUUGAAGCUCCAGGAGGAUGGGCAACUUGAUUUCCCUUUUGGGGAUGACAGUGUUAAGGCCGUUAUUAUGGACGUAUUCGUAGGUGGCACCGAUACUUCCUCUACGACAGUUCAAUGGGCGAUGUCUGAAUUGCUGAGAAACGCAAAAACGCUGAGAAAGGCACAAUCUGAGGUAAGGCAAGUGUUUGGCUCGACGGGAACAGUAGAAGAAGCUCGCCUCGGGGAAUUGAAGUACCUGAAAAUGGUACUCAAGGAAUCGUUGAGGCUUCGUCCGACCGCACCACUGCUGCUUCCUAGGCAGAACUCCGAGGGAUGUGAAAUUGAUGGCUACCAUGUUCCCGCCAAUACCAGGGUGCUCAUCAACGUGUGGGCCAUGGGAAGAGAUCCUAAGUACUGGGUGCGACCCGACGAGUUCGAUCCCGAGAGGUUCGUCGAUUCGUCGCUCGAUUACAAAGGGGCGAAUUACGAGUUCAUUCCAUUUGGAGCGGGAAGGAGGAUGUGUCCCGGUAUGGCGUUUGGGAUGGCGAAUGUGGAACUUCAACUGGCUAGCUUGUUGUACCAUUUCAACUGGGAGAUGCCUGAAGAAAAUGGGGGAAGCUUUGAAGACCUGGACAUGUCUGAAAAUUUUGGUGUGAGUGUGAAAAGGAAACGUGAUCUGUGUUUAAUCCCCGUUCCUUACUCGCCGUCCCUUGCAGCUAACAUAAACUACCCAUAA